GGGAAACCGUUAUGCGCAAUUUUAAAACGUGUAAAGUGUUGAAGUGUUAUCUAAGUGGGAAAACGAUUUCAGUAAAACAUUCAGUUGAUAACAGCAUGCACAAAGUGCAAUGUUUACUUUUAUUUUUACAUCACUGCUGAUACAUACACAGAUUUAAAUGCACUAAGCAAGUUAUUGUAUACAGCAAACCAUUGCGUUUAAUAAAACAAAGACAGUAGCAAGAUUGUGCAAAACUGAUACAGUGACUAUCAGAAAGUUGCAUACUGGUAUCAAAAUGAGGAAGUUUUGGUUCGAAGGGGUUGUUAUUAUUUCGAACAUGUUAAUAUUUAAUUCGAGGCGACAUUUCGCCCGGAAAUGUGUCUGCUUUCUGUGAUGGCUUAAUUACGGGUUGAAACAAAUACUGUUCACUUUUUGGAGGAAUAACUUUUUGGACCAUUGAUAAAAGAAACUGGACGUUAAUAAUACCUGUACAUAUCAUAUGAUAUUAAAGGAUAAAGGCUCUAUAAAAAGCAACUUUAAGGCGUGAUGUAUUGCAACAAUCCCAACAACACAACGCCAGCAAACGUGGAGGCCAUAUCGGCAGUAAGCUGCACCUUGUCAAUCGUGGGCGCUUUCGUGAUCUUAAUGACAUACAUUUUCAUACCGGAAAUACGGAACACCACGAGGAAAUUAGUCACGUGUUUGACUGUAGCAGACCUCUUUACUCCUCUUGGGUAUUUGACCUCCAUCAUAUACCAUGAAUCAAAAACGAGUCCAAAUGAUACCCUGUUCUGUACAAUACAGAGUGCUGUGACGACAUACUCAAGUCUGGUGUCAUUCUUCUUGACAGUCUUCAUUGCUCUUCAUCUCUUUUUGGCAGUCCUCCGUCAACAGAAUAGCCCACGUGGUCUCAUUUUGCCUGUGGCUAACAUUAUAAGUUGGGGUAUACCAGCUAUCAUUAUAAGUGUGGCGCUGGCUGAAAACAUGCUCGGAAGAGAAGCAAACGAUUCAACGACUAUCGGAACGGGGUCGUGGUGCUGGGUCAAAUGCAGAGAAAGCGACACCCACAAGACACUGUUUUACAUGUAUUUUACCGGGAAAGGCUUUGAAUUGCAGUGUUAUUUGUACACAGCCGCUCUCUAUGUUUUAAUGAAGUUGCGAAUGCAUCUCGUACACAGACAUAGAAGCCUUCAUGCUAUCCAGCCAGAUUUACGAGACGAUGACCAGAAUUUUGUAUAUGUGUGGCUGGUCCUUCUCAUGAUACGUAUUUGGGGUACGAUCCGAUUCUUUCUACGAGCAAUCCCCAAGAGUGCCAGUGAUGUGAAUGAUGAAAUGGAAAAAGUUGAUAAUGCUUUAACAUACUUUCAGGCCAUUGGGGACCCAAGCCAAGCCUUUUGCAACUGCAUCCUGUUUUGCUUACUAGACGGUGAUGUUCGUGCAAAAAUUCUAAGAUGUAUUUCAUGUAGGACCUCCGAUACACAAACCAACACUAUGGAUGCUGUGGAAGAUACAGAGAAUGACUUUCCGUCGGUUGUUGCCACGAAUGGCAACGUUGAUUUUAGUCCUCUGUUUGGUCAUAACUCAAUAAAGGAUAAUGGAAAUCGGAGAUACGGCUCUUGUAGCGAGCUUCUCCAUGAAAGCGUUAAUCAGCAUAAUGAUAUUUAUGAACGCUUAUGUACAUCAACGCGAUGAUACGUAGUUAAAUGACAAUACUAGUGGGGUACAUGAAUUUGGAUGUUUUGACUGCCGGAACCCGAUGGUGAACAGUAAUCUCUGGGCGGAUGAUUUGUUAAUUGUUAUAUAAUGAAAUUACAUAACGAUAAUUGAAACAAUGAGAUUGGUGAUUAAAAUAUUUUAUUGCUGUCUGUCAGAGGAAUUUCCUCGUCAUACGACAUUGUUAACACUACAACAUGAAAUAGAACAUAAAAUUAUGAUAAUAUAAAUAAAUCAUAGAAAAUA